AUGCUGUCGAGACCAAAGCCAGGGGAGUCUGAGGUGGACCUGCUGCGCUUCCAGAGUCAGUUUCUUACAACUGGUGCAGCUCCAGCCGUACACCUGGUUAAGAAAGGAAGUAGGAAAAGUGGCAGUGCUAAUGUGGACCCACCUCAGCUACAGGAUCAUCGGGAUGUGGUGAUGUUGGACAGUCUCCCAGAUUUGCCCCCAGCUCUGGUCCCUGCUCCACCAAAGCGAGCCAGGCCCAGUUCCAGCCGCCACCUGCCAGAGGAUGAGGACCCUGAGGAAAGGCUGACCAGACAUGACAAACACAUCACUGCUGUCUUGACUAAGAUUAUUGAACGAGAUACAAGCUCAAUGGCUGUGAGACUGCCUGUGUCCAGUGGUGUUGCCUUCCCCCCUGUUUUCCAUCGCUCGCAAGAAAGACAGGCGAAGCCAGCACUAUCUAGUAAGAAAAGCAUCUUUGCCCAAGAGAUUGCAGCACGGAGGAUGACUGAAGCCAAGGUCCCACCAGCUGGGGAAGUUGUACCUAUGUUGGACCCACCAGAAAGUCCUGUGACACGUGAAGCACCCGUUCCUGGAGACCAGAUGUGCCAACUUCCAGGGAGCAGCCACAGCUUCCAGGGACCCCAUCUAGUCACAGGGAAGGGGCUUGUGAACCAAGACGCCGAGCUUGAAGCCCAGACCAUCCAUGAGGAAAAUUUAGCAAGACUACAAGCCAUGAGUCCUGGGGAGAUCCUGCAGGAGCAACAGCGCUUGCUCGCUCAACUUGAUCCUAGCUUGGUUGCUUUCUUGAGAUCUUGCAGCCACACCCAUGUGCAACCAGGAGAGAAGGCCACAGAGGGACAGAAGCCAGGAGGACCUUCUGCUGGAGUCAUCAAAAAGGAGCCCAUUGAGCCACCUGCUGCCAGGGAGCCCAGGAAGAAAGUUGAACUGGCGCCAGAAACCUCAGCUGUGACAUUGCCCGUGACCCCCAACAAAGAAUGGCUACACAUGGAUACUGUUGAGCUGGAGAAGCUCCAUUGGACUCAGGACCUGCCCCCACUCCGGCAACAGCAGAUGCAGGAGAGGAUGCAGGCUCGAUUUAAUCUUCAGGGAGAAUUAUUGGCUCCUGACGUAGACCUGCCUACUCACCUGGGUCUGCACCACCAUGGAGAGGAGGCAGAGAGAGCUGGGUACUCCCUCCAGGAGCUGUUCCACCUGACCCGCAGCCAGAUAUCCCAGCAGAGAGUCCUGGCACUACAAGUAUUGGCCCAGGUCAUCAGCAGGGCCCAAGCUGGUGAAUUUGGGGGUCAGAUAGUGGGCAGUGUCUUGCGCCUUCUUUUGGAUGCUGGUUUCCUCUUCCUGCUACGCUUCUCCCUGGAUGACAAAGUGGAUAGCGUUAUUGCAGCUGCUGUCCGGGCACUUCGAGCUCUGCUGGUGGCCCCUGGCGAUGAGGAGCUCCUAGACAACACCUUCUCCUGGUACCAUGGGGCUUCUGUGUUCCCUCUGAUACCCAACCAAGAGGACAAAGACGAUGAGGAUGAAGAUGAAGAGACCCCAGCAAGAAAGGGGAAAAGGAAGAGCCCUGAGGAAGGAAGCCAGCCUCUACCUGACCUGGCCCGACAUGAUGUCAUCAAGGGACUCCUGGCAACCAACCUACUGCCUCGACUCCGCUAUAUACUGGAGGUGACAUGCCCAGGACCUGCAGUGGUACUUGACAUCCUGGCUGUGCUCAUCCGCCUGGCUCGGCAUUCCCUAGAGUCUGCCACAAGGGUCCUGGAGUGCCCUCGUCUAAUAGAAACCAUCAUUCAAGAGUUUCUGCCUACCAUUUGGACCCCCGUGGGGAUGGGGCCUGUGCUUAGUCUACACGGCAUGCCCUGUGCUAUUGCCAUGAAACUAUUUCGUGUCCUGGCCUUGGCCAGUAGGAAUAUUGCUGCCCGACUGUUGAGCAGCUUUGAUCUCCGGAGCCGCCUGUGCCGCUUUAUAGCAGAGGCCCCACAGAAACUGGCUUUGCCCCCAGAAGAAGCUGAAACAUUGAGCACUGAGGCUUUCCGUCUAUGGGCUGUGGCUGCCUGCUAUGGCCAAGGCGGCAACCUUUACAGGGAGCUAUACCCAGUGCUGCUUCAGGCCCUGCAAGCUGUGCCCCUGGAGCUCAGCACUCAGCCCCUUCGACCUCUAGCCAUGCAACGCAUUGCCUCACUGCUCACCCUCCUCACCCACCUGACCCUGGCUGCCGAUAGCACCACCUCUAAGCUCAACAGUGACUCUGCUGAGGACAGCGUGUUGGGAACUCCUUCCUUGAUCACUUGGACGCAGGUGUCUGGGCUCCGACCUCUUGUGGAACAAUGUCUGAGACAGACCUUGAAGCUGCUGCCCCAGCCUACAAUGUGGAGUGCCCUGGGUCCAGUGCCCACAGCCUGCCUACUUUUCAUGGGUGCCUAUUACCAGGCCUGGAGCCAGCAGCCCGGCUUGUGUCCAGGGGAUUGGCUUCAGGACAUGGAGCACCUGUCAGAGGAGCUGCUGCUGCCCCUGCUGAGCCAGCCCUCUUUGGGCAACCUGUGGGAUUCCCUUAGGUACUGCUCCCCUCUCUGCAACCCACUAUCCUGUGCGCCAGCACCAGAAGCUCUCCCCAGCCUUGUGUCAUUGGGUUGUGCAGGAAGCUGCCCCCCUGUCAGCCUGGCUGGCUCAGCAUCACCCUUCCCAUUCCUCACAGCCCUCCUCUCUCUGUGCAAUACCCUGUCUCGGAUCCAUAAGGGGCUUUGUGGCCAGCUGGCUGUCGUAUUGGAUACUCCAGGACUUCAGAACUACUUCCUCCAGUGUGUGGCCCCUGUGGCUGCCCCACAGCUCACACCUUUCUCAGUGUGGGCCCUGCGCCACGAGUACCACCUGCAGUACUUGGCACUCUCCCUGGCUCAGAGAGCGGCUUCACUCCAAUUGGUGCCAGCCACCAAUGCCACCCUCCACCAUUCUGUGGCCUUGGCUUUGCUCAGCUGGCUGCUACCUGGAAGUGAACACCUUGCCUGUGACCUACUGCUGAGCUUCAUAUUCCGGUCAGAGUUCCUCCCGGAAAGAACAUCUGGCGGUCCAGAGGCAGCUGACUUCUCAGACCGCCUGUGCCUCAGAAGCCAUGGAGACCCUGGGUGUGCGCGAGGAGCUCUGCUAGCUCAGGCCUGCCAGGACCUUCCCAGCAUCCGCAGCUGCUAUUCAACCCACUGUUCACCGACCCAAACCAGCCUGCUGGCCUCUCAAGCUUUAUACCGAGGGGAGCCACUGCAGCUCCCAGCACUGUUGUUGCCUGUGCCCAAAGACCUGCUAUUGCCCACUGACUGGCCUUUCCUGCCUUUGAUCCAUCUCUACCAUAAGGCCUCAGACACGCCCUCAGGCCUCCCUCCUGCUGACACCAUGGGCACAGCCAUGCGGGCCCUACAGUGGAUACUAGUCCUGGAGAGCUGGCGCCCCCAGGCCCUCAGGGCUAUUCCUCCUGCUGCCCGCCUGGCACGGCUCAUGUGUGUGUUCUUGGUGGACAGUGAGCUAUUCCGUGAGACCCCAAUACAGCAUCUUGUAGCAGCCCUUCUGGCCCGACUCUGCCAGCCCCGUGUCCUGGCAAACCUCAACCUGGACUGCCCCCUUCCUGGCCUGACUUCUUUCCCAGACCUCUAUACCAGCUUCCUGGAACAUUUUGAGGCCGUCUCAUUUGGAGACCACCUUUUUGGGGCUCUGGUCCUCCUUCCCCUGCAGCGUCGGUUCAGUGUGACUUUGCGCCUCGCCCUGUUUGGGGAGCACGUAGGAGCUUUGCGAGCUCUGGGCCUACCUCUGUCUCGGUUGCCUGUGACCCUCGAGUGCUACACAGGACCUCCUGAAGACAACUUAGCCCUACUUCAGCUCUAUUUCCGGACACUUGUCACUGGUGCACUCUGCCCACGCUGGUGCCCCGUGCUCUAUGUUGUGGCUGUAGCUCAUGUCAACAGCUUCAUCUUCUCCCAAGACCCAAAAAGCUCAGAUGAGGUGAAGGCUGUCCAGAAGAGCAUGUUGCAGAAAACCUGGCUGCUGGGAGACAAGGGUCUUCGGCAGCACAUCCUCUACUAUAAACGUCCCAAUUUAGCCCUCCCAGAGGGCUUUGAACUGUACCCUGAGUUGCCCUUUUUGCGUCAGCAGCAUCUCGAGAGACUUAUCUCAGGGGUGCUCCAAAGAGGGGUAUCGCAAACCUAG